GUGUUUGCUCUGAGGUCAGCAUCCAAGGGGUUUGGCUCAGGCCCACAUCUGUCUGCUGGAUGGCCCGGGGUCUCAGAAACGCCUAGCUUUCCAUCCACACUCGUCCCCAUGGAGGGAGACUGAGAAGACGCUGGAUGAACUGGACCACGACUCCAUCAGGAGAGAGCUGAGCUCUGUCUGGGAGGCUGGAGCUAAAGCCGCUGGAGGCAGCAAGACCCCGCCAGCCGGGGAACGGGGAGCGGGGCCCAGCGCUGAGGAUGGCCCGGCUGCAGCCACCACCCUGGGUCCAUGCAGCCUUCCUCCUCUUCCUCCUCGGCCUUGGCGGGGCCAUCGAGAUUCCUAUGGAUCCAAGCAUUCAGAAUGAGCUGUCCCAGCCCCCAACCAUCACCAAGCAGUCAGUGAAGGACCACAUUGUGGAUCCUCGUGAUAACAUCCUGAUCGAGUGCGAAGCAAAAGGGAACCCUGCCCCCAGCUUCCACUGGACUCGAAACAGCAGGUUCUUCAAUGUGGCCAAGGACCCCCGGGUGUCCAUGAGGAGGAGGUCGGGGACCCUGGUGAUCGACUUCCGCAGUGGCGGGCGGCCGGAGGAGUACGAGGGGGAGUACCAGUGCUUUGCCCGCAACAGAUUCGGCACAGCCCUGUCCAACAGGAUCCGCCUGCAGGUGUCCAAAUCGCCCCUGUGGCCCAAGGAAAAUCUAGACCCAGUGGUGGUUCAAGAAGGUGCGCCCUUGACACUCCAGUGCAACCCGCCACCCGGACUUCCGUCCCCAGUCAUCUUCUGGAUGAGCAGCUCCAUGGAGCCCAUCACCCAAGAUAAGCGGGUGUCCCAGGGCCAUAAUGGGGACCUGUAUUUCUCUAACGUGAUGGUGCAGGACAUGCAGACGGACUACAGCUGCAACGCCCGCUUCCACUUUACCCACACCAUCCAGCAGAAGAACCCAUUCACCCUGAAGGUCCUCACCACCCGAGGAGUUGCGGAGAGAACGCCCAGCUUCAUGUAUCCUCAGGGCACCGCGAGCAGUCAGAUGGUGCUGCGCGGCAUGGACCUCCUGCUGGAGUGCAUCGCCUCCGGGGUCCCAACACCAGACAUCGCGUGGUACAAGAAAGGUGGGGACCUUCCAUCUGACAAGGCCAAGUUUGAGAACUUUAACAAGGCACUGCGUAUCACCAAUGUCUCCGAGGAAGACUCCGGGGAGUACUUCUGCCUGGCCUCCAACAAGAUGGGCAGCAUCCGGCACACGAUCUCGGUGAGAGUAAAGGCUGCUCCCUACUGGCUGGAUGAACCCAAGAACCUUAUCCUGGCUCCUGGCGAGGAUGGGAGACUGGUGUGUCGAGCCAAUGGCAACCCCAAGCCCACUGUCCAAUGGAUGGUGAAUGGGGAACCUUUGCAAUCGGCACCACCCAACCCAAACCGCGAGGUGGCUGGGGACACCAUCAUCUUCCGGGACACCCAGAUCAGCAGCAGGGCCGUGUACCAGUGCAACACCUCCAAUGAGCACGGCUACCUGCUGGCCAACGCCUUCGUCAGCGUUCUGGAUGUGCCGCCUCGGAUGCUGUCCCCACGGAACCAGCUCAUUCGGGUGAUCCUGUACAACCGGACGCGACUGGACUGUCCCUUCUUUGGGUCCCCCAUCCCCACACUCCGAUGGUUUAAGAAUGGGCAAGGAAGCAACCUGGAUGGUGGCAACUACCAUGUCUACGAGAACGGCAGUCUGGAAAUCAAGAUGAUCCGCAAAGAGGACCAAGGCAUCUACACCUGUGUUGCCACCAACAUCCUGGGCAAAGCUGAAAACCAGGUCCGCCUGGAGGUCAAAGACCCCACCAGGAUCUUCCGGAUGCCUGAGGACCAAAUUGCCAAAAAGGGCACCACAGUGCAGCUGGAGUGUCGGGUGAAGCACGACCCCUCCCUGAAACUCACGGUGUCCUGGCUGAAGGACGACCAGCCGCUAUACAUCGGGAGCAGGAUGAAGAAGGAAGACGACUCCCUGACCAUCUUUGGUGUGGCCGAGCGGGACCAGGGCAGUUACACGUGCGUCGCCAGCACCGAGCUGGACCAGGACCUGGCCAAGGCCUACCUCACUGUGCUAGCUGAUCAGACCACUCCAACUAACCGUUUGGCUGCCCUGCCCAAAGGACGGCCCGACCGACCCCGGGACCUGGAGCUCACUGACCUGGCCGAGAGGAGCGUGAGGCUGACCUGGAUCCCAGGGGACGACAACAACAGCCCUAUCACAGACUAUGUUGUCCAGUUUGAAGAGGACCAGUUCCAGCCAGGGGUCUGGCAUGACCAUUCCAAGUUCCCAGGCAGUGUCAACUCGGCCGUCCUGCAGCUGUCCCCUUAUGUCAACUACCAGUUCCGGGUCAUUGCUGUCAACGAGGUCGGCAGCAGCCACCCCAGCCUCCCAUCCGAGCGCUACAGAACCAGCGGAGCACCCCCUGAGUCCAAUCCUAGCGAUGUGAAAGGAGAGGGGACCAGGAAGAACAACAUGGAGAUCACGUGGACGCCCAUGAAUGCCACCUCCGCCUUCGGCCCCAACCUGCGCUAUAUCGUCAAGUGGCGGCGGAGAGAGGCUCGGGAGUCCUGGAACAAUGCGACAGUGUGGGGCUCCCGCUAUGUGGUAGGGCAGACCCCUGUCUACGUGCCCUAUGAGAUCCGAGUGCAGGCCGAAAAUGACUUUGGGAAGGGCCCCGAGCCAGACACUGUCAUCGGUUACUCAGGAGAAGAUUUACCCAGUGCCCCCAGGCGUUUCCGAGUCCGGCAGCCCAACCUGCAGACAAUCAACCUGGAGUGGGACCAUCCAGAGCACCCCAAUGGGAUCCUCACUGGAUAUUCUCUCAGAUAUUUGGCCUUUAAUGGAACCAAAGUAGGGAAGCAGAUGGUGGAGAACUUCUCUCCCAAUCAGACCAAGUUCACGGUGCAAAGAGCAGACCCUGUGUCACGCUACCGCUUCACCCUGAGCGCCAGGACGCAGGUGGGCUCUGGGGAAGCAGUCACGGAGGAGUCGCCGGCACCCCCAAAUGAAGCUACUCCAACCGCAGCUCCUCCCACGUUGUCCCCGACCACGGUGGGUGCCGCGGGCGCUGUGAGCAGUACCGACGUUACUGCCACUGCUGCCACCACCGAAGCCACAACAGUCCCCAUCAUCCCAACUGUCGCACCUACCACCAUCGCCACCACCGUCGCCACAACUACUACAACCACUGCCGCCGCCACCACCACGGAGAGCCCUCCCACCACCGAGACUAAGGCACACGAAUCGGCCCCCGACGAGCAGUCUAUAUGGAACGUCACGGUGCUCCCCAACAGUAAAUGGGCCAACAUCACCUGGAAGCACAAUUUCGGGCCCGGAGCUGACUUUGUGGUUGAGUACAUUGACAGCAACCAUACGAAAAAAACUGUCCCUGUUAAGGCCCAGGCCCAGCCUGUACAGCUGACAGACCUCUAUCCCGGGAUGACAUACACAUUGCGAGUUUAUCCCCGGGACAACGAGGGCAUCAGCAGUACCAUCAUCACGUUUAUGACCAGUACAGCUUACACCAACAGCCAGGCCGACAUCGCCACCCAGGGCUGGUUCAUUGGGCUCAUGUGUGCCAUCGCCCUCCUGGUGCUGAUUCUCCUCAUCGUCUGUUUCAUCAAAAGGAGUCGUGGUGGCAAGUACCCAGUGCGAGAAAAGAAGGAUGUUCCCCUUGGCCCUGAAGACCCCAAAGAAGAGGAUGGCUCAUUUGACUACAGUGACGAAGACAACAAGCCCCUGCAGGGGAGCCAGACGUCCCUGGACGGCACCAUCAAACAGCAAGAGAGUGACGACAGCCUGGUAGACUAUGGCGAGGGCGGCGAGGGCCAGUUCAAUGAGGACGGCUCCUUCAUCGGCCAGUACACGGUCAGAAAGGACAAAGAGGAGACUGAAGGCAACGAAAGCUCAGAGGCCACGUCGCCGGUCAAUGCCAUCUAUUCCCUGGCCUAAUGGAGCCCCAGGC